GCGUUAACAGUGCUCCAUGGUGCUCCAUUUUUGGUCAUAUGAUCAGCAAAGGCUUAGUUUGAUUGGCUUAUAAAAUUAAAACUGUCCCAUGUUUGUUAGAAAGCUGGUAACUUUUGAUUUACAGAAUAGGGACGUGAUACGGACUUCGUUCUUUGUUCAUCAGCUGUAUUUUGCGACGUUCUAUGUUUUGAGUUUCAUCUUGACAGAUCACUGGAUUAGAAAUUGGAAAUGAAAGAAUCUGUAUUCAUUUGUAUUGUAAGGUAUAAUUGUGUAGAUAUCAGACGUUUCCUUUAAUGUUGAGUUGUUUUGAAUGUUGACAACGGCUUUCUAAAUAAAAAGCAAUAUUCGAGUGACAAAAUGGUAUCGUAGCAACUGAUACAAAAUGCCUCUGUUGAUAUACAAGGCUGCUUAAUGCGUGAAAAAUACUGUGAAAAUGGGCAACUGUUUCAAGAGAUCAACAACAGAUGAUAUUUCGCUGUUGAGGGGAAGUGACAGUGUUCGAGAGUCGUCAGCUGAUCCGUUGGGCCCCCCAGCAUACCAGGAAACGUUGCCGAUUCAAGCAGUUUCUCCAGUCUACCACUUGUCUCCAAGUGUCACUAGGUCCAUUACACAGCUGACAGAAGAGGAACAAGUGAAAAUAGCAAAAAGGAUUGGGUUGAUUCAGCACCUUCCUACUGGGACAUAUGAUGGCUGUAAAAAGGUUAGGGAAUGCGUAAUCUGCAUGGGUGAAUUUGUCGUGGGUGACCCAUUGCGAUAUUUGCCCUGUAUGCACACAUAUCACUUGACGUGCAUUGAUGAUUGGUUGAUGAGGAGUCUUACUUGCCCUAGUUGCUUGGAGCCGGUAGACGCAGCUCUACUCACCAGCUAUGAAACCAAUUGAUGGCCAGUGCCUUUUGUAUAUGAUAGUGAAACACUGUGAUUCAAACUGUUUCUUUCAAUCAGAGUGUAUGGUUUUAUGAAAGGGAGGCUGUGAUAUAAUAUUUAUUUAGCAAACAUGUUGUAUUUAGAUAUAGGUUCCAGCCAAUAUGGUUUGACUUCUAGAAGUUUUAGUUUUGAACGCAUAUGGCUGGCUCUUAGUCAGAAAAGAAAACAGAAAAGAUUACCUGUGGAUAUGUCAUGGUCAAACCAAUAGAUCUGACUGGUUCAGAUUUUGGGGUGAGCAACUGUCUUGGUCGAAUGUCAUAUUCCCUUUGACCCCAUUCCCUCUGCUAAAACGAGGGAACACUAUCAUAAGAUGUCAAGGUCUACUGAUGGGGCAGUGAUCAUAUGUAGUUUAACCUCUUCCAGAUUCGCUCUACGUCUACUCAUUUUGCGUAGGCGUGUACAGUAUAAUUUUCUGGCAUUUUAAUAAUACUCGAAUGAGUAUCAUGGCAACGACUCACGCGUUUGUGAAUAGCAAAGGAUCGGAUUCGUAGACUUUGCCAUGCUGUGAGCUCAAAAAUUACAUGAUUUUUGGCAGAGACUGUGCUUACUAUGUCAAUUGAAAAUAUAUAAUUUCACAAUUCACUGAAAAUGAAUUGCACUUAAAAUUGACGUACCGUAUUCCUAAAAGUUGUAAUGGUAUGCAUAUUUGAUUCUGAAAUAAUUCAUUUUUGAAGGUUGCGUCCAUAUUUAUCUGCGGAUAGCAGUGCUAUUUCAAAUUUGUAUAAAUAUAUGCAGUUUUAGAUAACAGUGUCAAAUGAACAGUAGUACGACUUAAAAAAAUAUUGCUGAUUUUUUGUGUCCAGAUUUUCCAUAUAAAUUAAAAGUCACGUAGACUCGGCCAAUAAUAAAGGACGCCGGCUGUAUCUCGGUAACCGCUCAUUUUAAUCAGAUGAACAUUUUGAUACGAGAAAAUGCUUAUUCCAAUUUUAAAAAAUCGCCACAAUAACCGUUUUAAUCGGCUCAAUUUUCCGAACUUUUUUGUUUGUCAUUUUGUCGUAUUUUAGUUAGUUUAGGGUGGGGAAGGUUGAGUGCUUGGUGGCUAUUUUGGGAAGCUACAAAUAAUUUCCAGCAAUUUUUCUUGCCCACUUUCUUAUACAUUUUGCAACCUAUACCUCUAGGUUGAGCGGUUGCCGAGAUACAGCAGGCGUGCUUUAUUAUUGAGUCACCCGGUAGAUAAUGUGCUCUGUCAGACUAAUUUGUUGUUGAAUAUUUGACUAGAUGUGUUCAAAUUUCUAGAUAGCUUGUUAUAUUUCUCAAAUUUUCUCAUGUUAGCUGAAGAUACUUGUACAAUAGUUGUAACAUAACAGUUGUCAGCAACUUUGCUGCAUAGUUGAACUCUCUAAGUGAGUAUGGUUUCCUACUAAAAUCUUUGUACUAUAAUGUAGAGCUUUAACAAUGAAAAGGAGGUCUAAAUUUAUAAAAACUCGUCCAGAGUGUUUCAAGUUACCCUUUAGCAGUUUUCAGUCAUUUUUUACGAACAAUGUGACACAAAGUUUCGUUACUUAUUUUACAGUGGAAUAAAGAUUUUUGGAAUUUUUGAUACAAACCAAAGGUUUUUGCUGUUUAACUAGUGUAUGUAUGUAGUUGUUUUGUUAUGUUCUUUGAUUUUUUUUUAUAUAUUUGGUUUAUUUUGGGCACAUUGGUUGAGAAUACAGUACAUUUAAUCCAGCUAGUAGUUGUGAACAUCUUCAACCUAUUUAGAUCUGAAUAUCAAAAUCGCCUCAACUUUUCCAGUAUUCGUAGAUCUCAAAAAUAACGAAUCCACACGUGACUUGGUAAAAUCUAAAUACGCUGGCUUUUUAUAAAAAACAAUUCAAACGACAUCUUUUUGGGGUGAACAAAUGUUUUGUUUGUGUUAUCGGAGGUGUAAUGGCUCGUGAAUGAUCCAUUAUAUGUGUUUUGCCUUUCGAUACAUCAAUGCUUUGAUAGUCUGCGAAUACAUAAUUUCUAGUUUCUAAAUGUGCCAAAGAAUUGGAUUUUUCAUUUAAUUUUUUUUUAAAUUCGUAGAUUGGACAUGCAGUGGAUAAAUUAGUACGAAUUAAAAAUCAAUCUAUAUUGAGUUACAUUAAAAAUUGCUGAUUCAGAACUAUCGGAAACUACUUUUUGUUGAGAAGCUGCCACUCGUGGUACUUGCAUUUUCUACGACUUCAAACCCCGCAGGGUUGUAUCUACGUCUACAAAAUUACGACAGUCUGGCACUUGGGUUAUCACAAUUUUUGUAGACGUGGACCGAAGACUUAUUUGCUUAAAUACAAUCUUAGGAACAAAAUACAUAUCCUGUAUUAAUUGUUUUACUAUUAGUGCUUGAACCCAUCUAUAUUUCUAACAACACAGUGAAUAAUGCGAUGUGUAUGCUUUAGAACUAUGUUAAAUGCACUUACUAACAUCUAUUGUAACUACCGCUUUCACAUCCGAGUUAUUUUUAGUUGAUAAAGGGAUUUUCAUGGAAGCAUAUACGGGGUGAUUCACAAGACGUGCCCAAAAAUGAAACAUCAGAGACAGGUCCGCAUCUUGAGUGGGGUCUUCUAUGUAACAUUUUUUCCUCCAGUCCUGUAUAUGAUAUUUCAUUUUGGGUCACGACUUGUGAAUCACCCUGUAUACCAGGAGAAUUGAAAAAACAACCCCAAAACUUGACGCCUGACCGAGUACCAGCUACUGUGGAUCAGGCUUGCUAGACGCUAAACUCUUUUUCUUGUACCAGACAUGUCAAAUUUCGUACAUUCAGCACAUACUCUUUUAGACGGGUGAAGAAUAUGGCGUCUGUUUCACACAGAACACAUUAGUAGUAAUUGAAGAGCGAAGAGAUGGGUUUCCACAAAACAAGCACAAAAAUCAUUCAGACUUGCUACUUAAAAAAAAUCCCAAAUCAACAUUAAUUAACGGAAACGUGUCACUUCCCCAGAUCAUUAUAUCCCAAAAAAUCCUCCAACCCUGUCAAAGCACCACUGGUACUCCAGGCGUCAAGUUUCGGGUCGAUUUUACAGCACGAAAAGCAUUGUCUACUUUCUCCUGGUAUGUAGGCUCCAUGGAAAUGCACUCCAAAUGUCCAUUGUUAGGCGUUCGAUGAAAAGUCAGUCCAUGAAUUCGUUGUAAUGCUACCCUUGCUGUGAGAGUUUGAAAGAUAGCUAUAAUGAUCGAGAGUAAAGAGUUUUCCAUAACCGAUGGGUCGAUUUUGAGACGGAUAUACUUAGUCAGUGUUCUGUAACGUUCAGCGAAUUCGGUAAUCAACGUUGUGUACGAAAAAUGACGUCAUCGGCCGAAAACAUUUGAACGACGUCAUAUUCCUUUCAAAUGAAAAAGGAAAUCGUUACAGUUUGUUUUAUUUCAACAUGGAUCCAUCCUUAUUGGAAAACCCUUUACAAUACAUAUUUCCGAUUAGUCUUAUUUUAUUUAUCGAUUAUUGUAUUUUUCCUAUCGCUAUAUCCUAGUUUAUUUGUAUAGAACGGUCAUAGAAUUGUAAUGACUAUAUAUAAAUACUGAAUAAAACAAAUAUUUCGACCAUUUUGUAACCCAGAAACUCGUUAUUAUUUGACCUCUCAUAACUUACUAAUAGUCCAGAUAGUAUCUUCGAAUUGCCCAAUCUGCAUGCUGCUAGGCCUAAAAUUGUUUCAAUAAUUUUUUCAACAAAUUCCAAAAAAUGUGUUGCCCUGGUAAGUGUUUUUCGCUUUUUUAGGCCAUUUUGAACAAGAAACGUACUUCAGAACUUUUCUCUCAAGUUGAUAAUUUUCGAGAUAUACGGCAAAAAAGCCAAAAUAGACCCUUAGAUGAAGAACAAAGGACAAUCGUGGACAUGUAUACAAUAGAGGUUCUGCUUAUAGCGUGUGCAUCGAAAACACCAAAAUGAAAACUGCCCAUCACAUCUGGAUACGGGUGUAAUUAGAAGGAAAAAAGGAGGGAAAUACAACUAAAAGCCACUCCCUAAAAUGCUUUGGGAUUUUGUUAAUGGAUAUUUGGACAAUAUUUAAAAAGAUUGGCAACUUUGAGAUUUCUACUUUUUCAUAUUGUUUUUCAGGAUCGAAAAUGACAUAUUUUGCACUUUUUCAAACAUUAAACCACUUACAUGGCACUUUUUCAAACAUUAAACCACUUACAUGAAGUUUUAAAGAAAAGUUCUUAGGCAGCUUUUUUGUUCAGAAUGGCUUUAAAAACCUAUUACCGCUUUGAAAGGAGCGAAAAGGACAUUUUUUUAAAUAUGUUUAAAACAAAACUUUUAUGAAGCAAUUUUGGGCCUGUCAACAUGCGGAUUCAUUAACAGGGAGGGAUCGUUUUCAAAUAAGAUUAUGCAAAAAAUACGAAUCAGAAUUUUUUCCUAGCAGAUGUGAAGAUAGUGCUUGGACUAUAAGUAAUGAACAGUCAAAAUGGUUUGAAUAUCUUUCUUACUGGAAUGUCAGUUCGCUUUCAAUAUAAUUCAUACUGAAUCUCUAGUCAA